GAGAGAGAACUCGUGAGUGAACAGUGCGCAGAUAUUUUCAACCAGGCAAUGGCAUAAAAAUGUUAACGAAACAAUGAACAAAAAAAAGUUUCAUGAAAGGUUCUAAAGCAGCGCACAUUGUUGGGUGAUCAAAGUGCAAGCAGCGCGCAUCACUGACUCGCAUGGGCACAAAAAGAGAAAUUAUAGCAUGACAAAAGCAGGCAGACAAUCGGAAUUAAAAAAAAAACAUACUAGUCACUCUGUGUAUGUUGCCCCAUUGUUUUUUUUUUCUUUCAUUCGUUAUUAUUCUCUCUAGCUCAAUUUAAUAAAGGUCGCCCUCUUCAAUAUCCAACAAAUAACCAUUUCCGCUUUCAUGAUAGAUGAACACAACGUUUUUUCAUAUUGUCUGGUGUCGAUCAUUAGCGUUCAAUUUUCGGUAAUUGUGAAUGAUCGAUUGAGCCAUGAGUCGAACAAGAUCAAAAGACGAUCAAUUAAACAGCGAGAGGAGAACUGACAAUGACAAAGACAUCAAGAAUCUUGUGGUAAUAAAACAAGGACUCAAGUCAAUCAUCCGAAAAGAAUAUCGCGACAAAGUGAUUCAGUUUUUGGAUUAUCGAAGCCACCGAAUAACACUGAUUUCAUCACUGGCAUCAUUGUUGGCAUUGUACAAAAUUCGAGAAGCCAUCGAUGAUGAGAACCGACAAUUUUUUCUACAAAACGGACACAAAUUUUUCAUCAAAUGCUUUAACGGCGUUUUAGCGGAAAACGUCGACGAUGAGGAACUAAUGUCACCAGCUUUUCGUAACAUUGUCGAGGCUCACAUCGGUGAAGAAGAUUUUGCAUGGCCCGAUAAAGAAUGCUUGGGAAAUGGUUUCAAUUAUUUCUACCAAGAUCACAUUCGAAAUACCCAGACCAAUCUCAACACUCAUUGUUCAGAACAUGUUGAAUCGUUUUUUCAAAUGAAACGCUGGUAUUAUAACAUGAAUAUCAAUGGCCAUCAAUACUAUGGAUCAAAAUUCGACGGCAUCGAUAUACGAAACGCAAAAGUUUACGCCACUAGUAACAAAGAUCUGACACAUGGUGAUGAAGAGAGAACAAAUAAGAUGAACAUUUUAUUGUAUGAACUGGAAAGAAUCGGUUGGCAGUGUCAAAAAGUUCAUAAUGAACAAUUGGUUCCGGUCACUGUCAAUGAGUUCGUUAAGGACAAUUGGUUCCAAUCACUGUGGAUGUUCGGUCAAAUGCAACGCCAAAUCGAAGUGUUUCAUCAAUAUGCACAACAAUGGCAUGCAUUCCGUCGCGAUGGAUUGAUAACGAACAAUCGACCGCCAAAAGUGAACAAUUUCGCACUUGUCCCGUUCUGCCGAUUCCAACUAAAAAACGUUCGAACGCUGUACUAGGAGUGGUGCCCAGUUCUCGCAAUCCGCUGACCAAUCGAAUGAACAAAUACACACUGGACUAUUACAUGUACGGCCAUAGAGAUGAAUUGUGGAAUUUGGUUUUCGACAUGGAUAAAAUCAAACAAAUCGGCAAGCAGAAGCAAUUUAACUUCCAAAUCGUCACCAAUAGUGUUUGCGUGUCAAUAUUGUACGAGAAGCCAGCGAAGGCUUGGGUGGAAAAUUCGGAGCAGGCCACAUUUAACAACAUGACAUAUGCUAGUGCCAUCGAUCCGAACGAGAAAACGUGGGUGGCCGUUGUGCGCCGCCAUAUCAAUUCAAACAUUGAGGAAAACAUUAAAAUAUCCAAUCCACGAUUUCAUUGGCAAACCGAGUAGAAGAAGAGAGAUCGGAAGGCUGAUCGGUUGACCUGGUGGUUUGUUGAACAAGAACAAAUGGAUUUCAAGUCGUACCCAGUCAUACCAUCACCGCGUGGAUCAACGUGGAAAUCGUACAUUCAGCAUCGCAUCAAAAUGCUACGAAUGGGAAUGCAAGCAUAUGCGACUCGAAAAUAUGCACGAAUGGAUCUCGAUCAUCACAUCAAGGCUACCAAAACAAGUGAUAAAGUUGCCAUGCGGGUAACGAACAACAAACCGUCUUGGAUUUGGAUUGGUGCUGGAGAAAUGGCACCAAAUCGGCAUGGGGCAUAAAGAAGCGGAAAAGAUGCCCGGGAACGCGUAAAUUGGCAAUCAGUUUCAAGAAACAAGAGCACACAAAGGUCAGUUUUCAAGAUGAAUGGGGUACAUCAAUAACGUGUGCCAAUUGUCACGAGCGAUUUCCAAGAGAAACCAAAAAUCAUCGAUUCAAAAUUUGUCGAAAUUGCAUACCAAAACCGAUUGUUGGACUACCACCGAUAAUUGUGACGAAUUUGAGCAGACAAGAGCUUAAGAAAGAGCGAAUUGUAGAAAGAGCAAUCAAUCCAGAUCGUGAGAACAUCGAGCGUUUAGUGCCAAAGAUAAAAGUUAUCUUCAAAACUUGGUCAUUAACUCGAGAAUACCAUGAAUUGGGUGAUGCUGCACCAGAAGACAUGAUUGAGCACGUAGUCAUUUGGCACCGUGACAUUGUUGCCGCAAAGAAUAUUUUAUUCAAAGGAAUGUGUCGUCUUUUUGGCAUACCAUUGCCCGAUUCGUUGAAGAGACCUGACAAUAUAUGAUAUAAUAAAUGUAUGUAGGGAUAUUCAUCAGUGCAUGGAUGAAUACAUAUUUUGUCAUGUGCGGAUUUUUGCAAAACACCUCCCCCCUCAAAAUUGAAAUGUCCACCAAAUAUCUCAGAGUUGUGCACGCAAAAUGCACUUCGCUUCUCAAUAGCCAGUACAAACAGUCGAGAUUCUAUGAGUGUGUGAUGAAAUAAACGACCAGCCGGAAUAAUACGCACAAACAAAAACUAAGCACAUAAUGGAAUGGAAAGCGAAAUAUACAAAACGAAAAACAUGAAAACGUUCCGCAUAAACAACAACACAAUUGGACCGCAAUAUACACCAAAAGCAAAGUGAAGGCGCAUGUUAUACAGCAACAACAAUAAUACACCAUCCAAAUGUGUCGGAAUAGACCAAAUCCAAACAUACACAAUACUCGCUAUAUAUACACGUUUAUCCAUAACUGGUUUUUAUUUAUAUUU